AUAAUGGAGACAAGAAUCAAAACCAAACCUAUUUAUCACGCCAACUCCAUCGCCACCCUCUCAUCUUCCCAUCCCUCUCUUUCUCUCUCCCUCUCUCCCUCCCUCUCAAUUGGUUUUCAGUGUGUAGAGACUAAGGAGUAGUGUACUAAAGUGUAAACUCAAAUAAUCAAACUAUGGUGGGUAUUUUUUCAAGAUUCUCUUCCAGCAGGAAUGGCCACCGGAGGACUCAAAGCUCACUUGAUCAGAGAAGUGAUUUUCCUCCCAGUGCAGAAGGGGGAGAUGCCUCUGCUGUGACCGGAGCUGCUUUUGCUGUAGGUCAUGGUAUUGAAGUCGCGGUUGAGUUUAAACCAGUUGAACACCCUGCAGAGCCUCUUACCAGUGAUCAACCAAUUCAAUGUCCAUUGCCCGAGCCCUCGAUACUCAAUGAUGGACGAAUAUGGAAGGAGCGAGUAUGUGCAGGAGAAAGAAGGGCUGAUUUGUCAGUCCUGCAGGAAGACGCCCAAAAAAAACCCAAUUCAGCUGAAACCAAACAAACAUCCCCUCGAACUCCUAGAUCACGGUCUGACCGCCUGAUACUUCCAUCAGCCAGUGCCCCUGAACACAAUAUCAUAAAACUGCUUGAAGAAUGUAACUCAUCUACUAGUAUUUAAGCUUACACAGUUACGCCUCCUGAUUGUAAUUCGAUGUUAUGAUGCAUGUAUAGAGUCAAAAUGAGCUCAUAGUUUUUUCACCCUCAAUAACAUGUUAUAUUAUUUGUGCUUAAGUGAGUUCUACAUAGUUGAAUUUGUAUCUGCAAAUAUCUCAUUCUGUAAUAAAAGUGAAAGGUCAUGUUCUACGAUA